AUGGCCGCCCAAGGAGAACCCCAAGUGCAGUUCAAACUUGUAUUAGUUGGUGAUGGAAGUACUGGAAAAACUACAUUUGUAAAACGUCACUUGACUGGUGAAUUUGAGAAGAAGUAUGUAGCCACCUUGGGUGUUGAGGUCCAUCCCCUUGUGUUCCAUACUAACAGAGGUCCUAUUAAAUUCAACGUAUGGGAUACAGCUGGCCAAGAGAAAUUUGGUGGUCUGAGAGAUGGUUAUUACAUCCAAGCUCAGUGUGCCAUUAUAAUGUUUGAUGUAACAUCAAGAGUUACUUACAAGAAUGUACCUAACUGGCAUAGAGAUCUGGUACGAGUUUGUGAAAAUAUCCCUAUAGUGUUGUGUGGCAACAAAGUGGAUAUUAAGGACAGAAAAGUCAAGGCGAAAUCAAUUGUCUUCCAUAGGAAGAAGAAUCUCCAGUACUAUGACAUUUCAGCCAAAAGUAACUACAACUUUGAGAAGUCCUUCCUUUGGCUUGCUAGAAAACUUAUUGGAGACCCUAAUUUGGAGUUUGUUGCCAUGCCUGCUCUUGCACCUCCAGAGGUUGUCAUGGACCCAGCACUGGCAGCACAGUAUGAGCAGGACUUACAGAUUGCUCAGACAACUGCGCUCCCCGAUGAAGAUGAUGACCUGUAAGGGAAUGAAGCUAGAGCCCAGCGUCAGAGGUCUAGUUUUAUAGGCAACUGUCCUGUGAUGUCAGUGGUGUAGCCUGUUUGCCACUUUAUUA